UCAAAAUAAAUGUAAAAACUUCAACGACAACCAUUUUAAAAAUUUUACUAUGAAGCGCAAAUACCACGGAAUGGCUGAGCUUCAUAAGUCUAUCAGCUUCAUAAGACAACUUCACUUGCUAUCAUCAACUAUAUAAAAGGAACAUUUGCACGCUAUGGAAUACCUGAGGUGGUUGUGACAGAUAAUGGAUCGCAAUUUUUAAGCGAAUUCAAGGAGUUCUCGAAAGAGUAUUACCCGCAAUCUAAUUGUCAAGCGGAAAAGGCAGUCGACAUCGCAUUUAAGAUGAUUCUACGCCAUCCGGUCCUAGUAUUGAUGACCUACUGUUCCACACCCAUCCCAGCUCUUGGUGUAUCUCCUUCACGACUCAUGAUGGGAAGCGAAAUGCGCACAACAUUGCCAAUUCUACCACGCAAUCUUCAGCCUAAGAUCGCUAGCUACAAACAAGUGUACAGAAAGCCGACAAACUGUACAAAUCCAAGAGUGCAUCCUACUUCAAUCAAACCAAUGGUGCAAAACAACUGGAUGAAUUAAAAACCGGGAGACAAUGUUAGAUUCCGCACCAAAUCAGGAUGGAGUGUGGGAGAAGUAAUGCGAAAAGCUGGACCAUCAUUCUUACAAUACAUCACCCAUGUUGAUGGUGCAGAGUAUCGUCGCAACAGACGUCACAUCCUGCUUGUUCCCAAUAUGACAUGAGAUUAAUUGGUUUGGAUAAUUAUCGAGAGUUCAGAGUUCAAAGUAUCACAGUUCUUACAGUUCUUAUUGCAUGACAUAGUCCUUGUGCCAUGCAGGAGUGUUCACAGUGCGAUGAGGUCAGGUCCGGGUUUGUUGACGAUCCUUAGGAUUGCAACUGCAGAGUGGGUGUCCCUAAGAUCGAACAUGAUCAACAACCAAGGUAACUUUGGAGCAAACGUUAGGGAAACUCUGCAGCAUCUGCAUUCUUCGAAGAUCUACCCAAACUUGGCGAAAAUAGCCUCAGCAACUCUGGUGAUUCCCGUAUCAACUGCAGACUGUGAGCGCGGAUUCAGUAAACUAAAAAGGACUAAAACCCGCCCCAUUAUGUCUCAGCUAGCAAACCAGCAACAGCUUGAUAAUGAUGGCGGUAGAAGGGCCCCUACGAGAGAGCAUGUCAGAAGUGGGCAGCCAUCAGAAAUCAGAAAAUCUUUUUAAGUUUUCCAAAAGGAGACCUGGCAGAACCGAUGGUGGUGGACAACUAUUUCAAUGAAGAUCCCGAGGAUGCCCUUGAGUAACUGAUCUGCAACUGAGAUUAUGUAGUAGGGGAUACUCGGGCAGAAUGGG